GGGUCACCAGCCUUGGUACAUAUUGGGGUGGUUCUGCCUAGCGAUUACAAGGAUUCAUUGUGAGACGUUUCUUUUGGUUGCCAUUCAUUUAAAAGCGCGAAUGGCCUUAUGAAAGUAUCUCUCACUCUUUUAUAAUCCCUUUCAUCAUAGCGAGAUUUGAUUGACUUCAGAACUCUUGACCCCGUCUCCCGUCUUCUGACAUUCUUUCCAUAUCACCGGGUUUCAUACAAACCAUCUCCACCAUGGCUGAGAAGGAAGCGACCGUUUUCAUAUUGGACCUUGGGUCGACUAUGGCCCAAACUCAGAGUGGAAGAUCAGAGUCUGAUCUGGAAUACAGUAUGCAAUACGUAUGGGACAAAAUCAUAGACAUCGUGGCAGCAAACAGGAAAACGCUAUGCGUUGGCGUAUUGGGUCUGAGAACAGAUGAGACUGACAACAAGCUACAAGACGAUGAUGGGUAUGAGAACAUCGCAGUGUUGCAGGAGCUGGGACCGAUGACCAUGUCAUCUCUGAGGAAUCUUCAAUCACUUGUCAAGCCGAGCAAUACAUGGUCUGGAGAUGCUGUUUCAGCCAUUGUGUUGGCUGUUGAUAUGAUUGAUACAUUCACAAAGAAGCUCAAGUGGAACAGAAAAAUCUUCUUGGUCACGGACGGCCAAGGUCCAAUGGAUGCGGAUGACUUGGGUGACAUUUCUAAGAAGAUGAAUGACUCCAACAUCCAGCUCACUGUCCUGGGAGUAGACUUUGAUGACCCGGAAUACGGCUUUAAGGAAGAGGAUAAGCCGAGCACAAAGAAAGAGAAUGAGCAAGCCUUGAGAUCGCUUGUCAAUGACUGUCAAGAUGGAGUUAUUGCAAACAUUACAGAGGCCAUCGACGAGUUAGAUACCCCACGAAUCAAGGCAGUGAAGCCUUACAAGACUUAUGAUGGUCCUCUUACCCUCGGAGACCCCAACACAUUUCCUGCUGCGUUGAAUAUCAAUGUGGAAAGAUAUUUCAAGACCAAGCUGGCGCGACCUUUGACUGCAAGCACAGUCGUUGUCAAGUCAGAAGGUGCACCGGAUUCUGAACCUACGCAAGCUGACGCUGACGAUAUGGAGGGAAUUGAGUUCUCUGCUGUGAAGCAAGCUCGUUCUUACAAAGUCAAUGACCCAGAUGCACCAGGAGGAAAACGAGACGUUGAGUUUGAUGAUCUUGCCAAGGGUUAUGAAUAUGGCCGAACUGCAGUGCAUAUCAGCGAGUCGGAAUACAAUAUCACCAAGAUUGAUACACAAAAGAGCUUCUCAAUCGUUGGCUUCAUUCCAUGCUCAAAGUACGAGCCUUUCCUUAACCUCGGCGAGACUUGCGUGACAGUAGCUCGCAAGUUCGAUGCCAAAUCUGCUCUUGCCCUUUCGUCCCUUGUAUGGGCCCUCUCGGAGCUUGAGUCUUAUGCAAUCGCCCGAAUUGUGACCAAAGAUGGCAAAGAUCCAUUGUUGGUGUUGCUCGCACCCAGUGUGGAGCCAGACAUGGAAUGCCUGUACGAUAUCCCACUGCCAUUUGCAGAGGACAUCCGAAGCUACCAGUUUCCUCCUUUGGACAAGGUGAUCACGGUUACUGGCCAGACCCUUACAACGCACAGGCUAUUGCCCACGGAUGAGCUGAGUGAUGCGAUGAGCGACUAUGUCGACGCAAUGGACCUGUCGACAUACGGACUAGAUGACAAGGGCGACCCAGAUGAAUACGUCUCCAUUGACGAGACUUUCAACCCUACGGUUCACAGGGUGAACCAUGCCGUGAAAUCACGAGCACUGCACCCAGAAAGACCAGUUCCAGAUGUUCCUUCCAUCUUGCUGCGAUUUUCUCACCCAACUCAAGAUCUGAUUGAAACAGUUCAGAGGAAGGUGGAUGCUCUUGUUGAAGCUGCAGAUGUGAAGAAAGGUUUGUUCCAGUCCUUUUAGUGAUUGCGUACCAUGGCUAACAAAAAGUAUCAGUUCCGCCCAAGGCCAAAGGAAAGCGUGGCCGAGAAACCGUCAAACCCAUUUCUGGUCUUGAUGUGGAUGCUCUGCUGGGCGAAGAGGAGAAGGGCGACAUUAGCCCUGAUAACGCAGUACCUGAGUUCAAGCAGAUGCUUGCUGCAACCGAGGAGCUUUCUCAAAUCGAGGAGGCAGCAAAGCAGAUGGGCGCAAUCAUCUCUACGUUUGUCAUGGAGAGCUUUGGGGAUGCCAAGUAUCAACGUGCUCUGGAAUGUCUUGGCGUCAUGAGGGAGGAACUCAUCAACCUCGAAGAACCAGGCCUAUACAAUACUUUCAUGCAAGACAUGAAGAAGCAGCUCAUCUCCGGGGCACUUGGAGGCGACAGACGAGACUUCUGGUUUAAGGUCCGAUGGGGUCGUCUUGGUCUCAUUGAUAAACAGCAGUCAGAGGUGUCUGAUGUAUCACCAGAAGAUGCAGACGAGUUCUACAAAUUAAAGUAGUCUUGUAAUGGCAAAUGUAUCUGUUGUUUGUAAAAAGGAGUGGGCGUUUGUGUACCAAUAUAUUGAUUGGCUGGUGUGAAGUUUAUCCUUCUCAUGUAACGGGCCGUCUGCAAGCAGUGGCAUUUCAUCUACCACCUGCCAAACGAGUUUCUGUUUGACUCAAUAAAACCUUGUUUGAUGCCCUUUCGCAGUGAAUCAUAGGGCACUGGGCGUUAUUCUAUUCGCCAAAAUCGAGACGGUGCUUUUCGCUGCCUUU